AUGUUGGCUGGCUGUUGCGGCGGCACGGUACAUAGCCCGGUCUUCGGGGCUGUACCUGCAUCGGCCGAGGUGUCUAAUACUGUCAACAUUGUAGGUAAUGCCGAGGAAUGUCUCGACAAAGGACCUGAAGGCAUAGAAAAAUGCCAGCUUCCUGAAGGAGCUUUGAUGGGUAUAAUAUUCAAUCUGGAGCAAGAGCGUGAAACUUAUCUAGAGGCUGUAGCAGUAUUGCACGAACAGUUGCUGGAAGCACAUGAACACUGUCAACAAUUGGCAGACUCUCACCAACAGAUCAAGCGUAACCUAGAAGCCGAAGUAAGCGAAGGAUGGAAAGAAGCCGAACGAUGGGAAGCCAGAUACCGUUCGGUUGCACAUGUAGCCCGCUGUGUCGGUGUAGAUGUGGUUGAACUACAGAAACAAAUGGAAGCAUCCGCCGGAGAUAGAGGUGAUUCUAACCACAUUGUCAGUGAAAGAUCAAUGAACUCAGAGGCAUGCACCGUAGUAACCAGAGAGGAUCUCUAUCGUCUAAAAACUGAUAAAGGCACUGAUGAGGACGUCAAAAACGCGCAACAUACAGUAUACGAUACUGUAACCAAUGGUAUACAACAAAUUAACUCGAAAUUGGACUCUGCAAUCCAUAAAAAUGGGCACCGGGGGACCGUCGGUGACAAAGAGCCCUUGAAAGCACAGAUUAAAGCGAAGCGCAGCAUUUUUAAUGACCAGUUGGGAGUUAUAGUUAACGGAGAUGAUACCCAAUAUAAAGAACGGGAAUUGCCCAUUUCCAUGAACAGGAGAACUACACGUGUACCCACGAACAGCCGUAAAGCAAGUAUCUUCACAAAUGCCGUUAACCAUAAACCGUUGGGUAAUCUUAAGGGCUGCUUCUGUUUGACACCAAUGGGUUCUCCUUGCGUAAGAUGCGGCAGCUCUGAGUUUAUGCGAAGCUCGAUGGGAUAUACCGAGCCUAUUCCAACGCUCUAUCACGACUGGCUCUAUUUGACUACUCCAAGAGAUUAUCACGAGAAAUAUGAAUCAAGUCACGAGCGCAUCCCUUCUGCCGACAUCAUCGCUACACUGAAUUUGGUGUUCGACGUUACGAGCAUAUGA